AUGAACUCCAAGGUCAAGCACAUUCCUCCAACGCUGGAGUCUUUGACCAGAUCGACACUUCUUUGUUUGACUGCCAUCGGGGUCAUAGCUUCAAUCACGCCAGCGUUUCUCAUCGCCUUGGUUCCCCUGUCGGUGGCCUUCUACUUCAUUCAGAAGUAUUUCAGAGUCGCUUCCAAACACGAGGCACGAUUUAAACAGCGGAUGUUGGAGCUGACCGAUACCAAUAACACAGCCUACCUGUUUCUGUCUGCGGCUAACCGCUGGCUGGAGGUCCGAACGCUCACUAACUACUUAAACUGGGUUGUGAGAAACUUGGCAGACCUGGAGGUCCAGAUGGCAGCUGUGGAGAAGGUCAACACCUUCCUCGGCACUGGCUCAGAGAACUACGAUGGAUCUAUGGACUCCUCUCAGGUCCCUGAGAACUGGCCUCAGGACGGUGAGAUAAAGAUCCAGGACCUGUGUGUGCGCUACGAUUCCUCGCUCAAAGCGGUGCUGAAACACGUCAACGCCUCCAUCAAACCGGGCCAGAAGGUGGGAAUCUGCGGUCGCACAGGCAGCGGGAAGUCGUCUCUGUCGUUGGCCUUUUUCAACAUGGUGGAUAUUUUUGAAGGGAAGAUCGUCAUCGACGGCAUCGAUAUCUGUAAGCUUCCUCUGCAGACUCUCAGGUCUCGACUCUCCAUCAUCCUCCAGGAUCCGGUCUUAUUUAGCGGCUCAAUAAGGUUUAACCUGGAUCCAGAGCGGAAGUGCACAGACGAUCGCCUGUGGGAGGCGCUAGAGAUCGCUCAGCUGAAGAACAUGGUGAAGGCGCUCCCCGGAGGACUCGACGCGGUUGUGACAGAAGGUGGAGAGAACUUCAGCGUUGGACAGAGACAGCUGUUCUGUUUGGCCAGAGCCUUCGUCAGGAAGAGCAGCAUCCUCAUCAUGGAUGAAGCCACAGCAUCCAUAGACAUGGCCACGGAGAACAUCUUACAGAAGGUUGUGAUGACGGCGUUCUCAGACAGAACAGUCGUUACAAUCGCACACCGCGUCCACACCAUCCUAACCGCCGACCUGGUCAUCGUGAUGAAGCGAGGGAACAUCCUGGAGUACGACAAACCGGACACACUGUUGGAGCAGGAGGACGGCAUGUUUGCCUCGUUUGUCCGAGCCGACAUGUGAACUCUCCGUCGCUGAGAGACGGCUCAGUUUGCUCACUAAC